AUGGAUUCCAUGAGAUCGUUAAACACCUCUCUGCCGAGCUCAACCCCGCGCCCACAGCCACCCGAGCAACUCCUGCAGUCAUUUAAGGCCGCCGCCCUAUCUGUGACCAACCUCUACAAGAAUGCUGUUUGUGAACAGGCUCAAGCUAGGCAGGCUGGCUACCAGGAUGCGUUGGAGGACCUGCUUCAUUUCCUUGACCGGGAGAAUCUAGGCCUUGGUGAUGGAGAGGGGUGGAAAGUUCGACAGUGGGCAACAGAGAAGCAUGAUGGAACUGGGUCUCAAAGCAGUGAUGAGGAGGAACGCGUCGACUCCGAGAAACGUGACCGAAGUGCUACUCCGGCUACCACCCGUAAAGAGUCUGAACCUGUCAUCCGCCAACCCUCGACCUCUACACCAACCUCUACGCCGAACCCUACACCUCGUCCUGAGCCCACCAUCCCUACCACCCAACCUCAAGACAACUUUAUGGGAGCUCCAACAGUAUUUACAUUCACCGCCGGGCCUACAUUCCCCCAGUGCCAGGAUGAUAUGGAUCUGCAAUCCCCGGACAACUCUACCCCAUCUCCGCAAGACGGUGCUCCUGUCAGCGUUUCCGUGAUGCCUCGAAAUACUCGCCAACAACAUCGCCACAACAAUCUCAACCGCCCGAAUACCCGUUUUGCCCCACGCGAGUCUCCAAACAGCCUGGGAUCAAGCCUUGGGUCAGGUCUUGGAUCGAAACGGAAAUUCACAGUACCGGAUUUCUUUGACUUGUCUGGGCUAUCCAAUGGCCGGGACUUAUUUGGAGGAGGCAAGCGAGGUCGUUUCACAUAG